UCCCUAGACUCUGCUUCCUUCCCCUUCACUCUUCCCCUUUCUUCACCAAAUCCCCCCUGCAACCAUCUCACUCUCUUCCAUCCUUCAAUCUUCCCUCUCAUCAUCAUGGAGCUCUUGAGCCGGAGUUCUGCCGGCGAAGAUAACGGCUUCCCCCCGGGCUUCCGCUUCCAUCCAACUGAUGAAGAGAUUAUACUCUACUACCUCAAGAGGAAGAUCUGUGGCCGAAGAAUCAAGCUCGAUAUCGUCGGCGAUAUCGACGUCUACAAGUGGGAACCCGAGGAACUGCCUGGGCUUUCUAAGCUAAAAACAGGUGAUAGACAAUGGUUUUUUUUCAGUCCAAGAGAUAGAAAGUACCCACAUGGGGCUAGAUCAAAUAGGGCAACCAGGCAUGGGUAUUGGAAAGCUACUGGGAAGGAUCGUACUGUGACAUGUAAUUCUCGCGAUGUUGGAGUUAAGAAGACGUUGAUUUUCUAUAGAGGUCGUGCCCCUAGCGGUGAGCGUACUGACUGGGUAAUGCAUGAAUACACCAUGACUGAGGAAGAGCUGGGCAGAUGCAUAAAUGUGAAGAACUAUUAUGCUGUUUAUAAGGUCUUCAAGAAGAGUGGACCUGGUCCGAAAAAUGGUGAGCAGUACGGAGCACCAUUUAAAGAAGAAGACUGGGUUGAUGAUGAAUUCUGUGAUUUUAAUUUUGAUGACAAAGAGAAACCUGCCGAGAAACCCAACACGGAUACUACUGCCACUGAGAGCGAGAAUCGCCACAUGACCCAUCUUUCAUUGGAUGAUCUUGAUAUGUUCAUGAUACAACUUUCCAAUGAGCCUUUACUUGAGUUUCCGGAAGCUGAUCCUUGUGCCAACUCCUUACCCCAGGAUGGUAGGCAAGAAGAAUCUGGGUGUCCUGUUGUUGAUCUAUGUUUGCAAGAACAUAACCUUCCUAGGUCAGUUGAAUUGUCGAGUUCCGAGCAGCAGCCGAGUAAUGUGCCUGAAAGCAUUGACCUCACCAAGUCAGAUCGACCAUUCCAGACACCUGAGGCCAAAUCUUCCCCCAACCUUUCUGAACUAACUAGUUUUCUAUUUGAGGAUGAUUUUCUGGAAAUAGAUGAUCUUGGUGGUCCGGAAUUUAAUCUAUCAACCACUGAGAAAGGAUCUGGAACUGGGAACUUGCAGUUUGAAGAGUUGAAUGGAUUGUGCAACCUCGAUCAAUUUCAUGAUGCAGCCAUGUUUCUUAAUGAUAUGGGGCCUUUGGAGUAUGGAACAAUUCCUAAUUUAUUCCAGAAUGAAAACGUGGAUAUCUUGGCAAGCCCAUUGGAUGUUCAGUUCCAAUCCAAUCCAAAUUGUGCAAGUGCAAACCAGAUCGACAAUCAAAUGCUGAUUCCUGAUCUGGCCUUACAAGAUGGCUUUGCUUUAUCAGAGUUGCCACAAACUUCAGGUGUGUUGUGUGACCCUUCAAACCAAAAUGAAGUCGGGAAGGACGUGAGUUCUGCUAGUCGCGUUUCAUCCGCUCUCUGGGCCUUUGUUGAAUCUAUACCAUCUACACCCGCAUCAGCUGCGGAGAAUGGACUAGUUAACCGAUCAUUUGAUCGAAUAUCAAGCUUCGGUAGGAAGAGAGUAAGUACGAAUAGCACGAUGGUUUCUGCAAUUGAUUCCUCUUCUAUUAUUGUGAGUAGUAGUAGGAGAACAGCAAGCAGGAGCAGAAAGGGUGGGUUCUUUGUGUUCUCUGUUCUUGGAGCAUUAUGUGCCAUCUUAUGGGUAUUUAUAGGAGCUGUUAGACUAUGGCACAGAUGCAUCUCCUUAUGAAUCUGGAGAUGACUUUUUUUUCUUUCUUUUUUUUUCUCUUAACUUUGUGAAAUAUAUAUUAAAAAAAAAAGAAAAAAAAAAGGAGAAAAUGGAAAAAGCUGAAAUAUGGGGAAAUAUUGCAAUUUUGAAACAAUGGAGGGAGGAAGUUUGGUAUUUGUUUAUGUAUGAUGUGGCGUAGAUUUGUAUGUAUAGGUAAGCAACCACAUUUAAGUACUCGUUUUAAUGUAAUGUCAAAGUUGUUUUGAUAUGGAAA